AUGCAAAGCAGCUUCAAGGAGGGGGACUUCGCGGGCGCCAGUGCUGCAUACACCCGGAUGAUUGAUGCAUGCAAAGCAGCAGCAGCAACAGCAGCAACAGCAGCAACAGCAGCAUCAACAGCAGCAGGAAGCUCAUCACCCGAGGAUGCAGAGUUUAAGUCUUUGCUAGCAGCAGCAUACUGCAACAGAUCUAUGUGCCGCCUGAAGCAGCAAGACGCAGAUGCAGCAGCAGCAGACAGUGCUGCUGCUCUGCUGCUGCAGCCGAAUUAUAAUAAAGCUUUAUAUAGACACUCAACAGCUCUUAUGCUGCUGGGGGACUAUGCAGGUGCUGGUCGUUCUGUGCAUCGGUUGCUGCAGCUGGAGCCAAAGAACAAAGAAGCAGCAGCAACCGACCCUUCUGAUACUACCAAUGCUGCUGCUGAUGGUGCUACUACUGCUCCAGCAGAUGCAAAAACAACAGCAGCAGCAACAGCAGCAGAUGCAGCAGCAGCAGCAGCAGCAGCAGCAGCGCCUGUCCCAGCAGUAGUGGAGGCAGCUGGGUGGGCGUUGCUGUCUUCGUUGGUGCAGUACAACCCUCUGAGUGCCUCAGACUCUCCCAGCAGCAGCAGCAGCAGCAGCAGCAGCAGGGGUGAUAUGCUGCUGCAGCUGAAUAAACCCUUGUCUUUGCCUGUCUCCAUACAGCUCUGCCGCGACGCGCUGCGGCGUUGUCUCUCUUCUGAGGACUUGCUGCAGUCGUUCCGGCGGCUGCUGCGGCAGGGGUUGCUGCCGCCCCCCCCAGAUCACUUUGCUGCUGUGCUGCAGUCUCCUCCCAGCAGCAGCAGCAGCAGCAGCAGCAGCAGCAGCAGCAGCAGCGGGGGCAGGGGGAGGAAAGGGGUUGAGGAUAGUAACUGGCGGGGUCUGAGUGCUGUGUUUUUGCUGCGUUUGUUUGGCUGUAUAAAACAAUGUGAAGCAGAGACGUUUGAGCAUGAUGUCUCCUUUUUGGAGACAGUUGCUGCUGCUGUAGAUUGUUAUAAUGUUGCUGCUGUUGCUGCUGCAGCACUGCAUGCAGUUGCUGCUGCAGCAGAUGCAAGGAGACGUUUAGGCCUCAAAGCAAAAGCACUCGCGCUAAGACACGGCAUAGAAAAAUGUCUAGAAGCAGCAUUGGGGCUCUUGUCUGCAGCAGCAGACAGCAGCAGCAGCAGCAGCAGCAGCAGCAGCAGCAGCAGCAGGGGGGGAGAGGGAGAAGAGGAGGAAGCACUGGAGCGAAGCGUGGAGGUUGCUGUUGUCUCUCUUUUGCGUUUGUUAGGAGACAAAGAAAGAGCAGAAGGAGACGAAGCGUGGAGGUUGCUGUUGUCUCUCUUUUGCGUUUGUUAG